AUGUUGUGCCAUGUAAGAAUUUUUAUUACUAUGUGGAUCAUUCGAGUACAAUUUGUGAUAUCACUCGAUACCACGAUUAAAGAGGAUGUUAAUACAUGUAACUUGUCAAUGAAGUUGUUACAAGAGAUUGAAUCAUACAGUUCAUUAGUGCAAACUAUAAUAAACGAAACAACAUCAGGUUCUUUCAAAGGAACCACUUGGAAUGAAUUAGCUAAUUUUGUGGACAAAUUUGGUCCCAGAUUCACUGGUACAGAAACGCUUGAACAAUCAAUUAAUUAUGUACUAAACAAAUCACAUGAAUUUGGUUUAGAAAAUAUACAUGGAGAAUCUGUGGUUGUGCCUCAUUGGGUUAGGGGAGAAGAGUCUGCAACUCUUUUAAAACCAAGGCGUAAAAAGAUUGCUCUUUUGGGAUUAGGUUACAGUGUUGGUACUCUACCUGAAGGAAUAAGUGCAGAGGCUAUUGUUGUAAACAGUUUCAAAGAACUUGAUAAAAGGAAAGAUGAAGUACCAGGAAAAAUAGUUGUAUAUAAUCAAAAGUAUAUUUCAUAUGGUGAAACAGUUAAAUAUAGAAGUGCUGGAGCAUCAGAAGCAUCUAAAUAUGGUGCUGUUGCUGCUUUGAUUAAAUCAGUUACACCAUACUCAUUAUAUACACCACAUACGGGUAUGCAGAGUUAUGCUGCAAAUGUGACUAAAAUUCCAGUUGCAUGUAUUACAGCUGAGGAUGCAAGCUUGUUAAGAAGAAUGUCUAUGAGAGGUGAAACCAUAAAAAUUAAUUUAAAAAUGCAAGCCAAAACAUUGGCAGAUAAAGUAUCACGAAAUGUAGUAGCAGAAAUAAUUGGUUCUACAAUGCCAGAGAAAACAGUAGUAGUAUCUGGUCAUAUAGAUAGUUGGGAUGUUGGUCAGGGAGCAAUGGAUGAUGGAGGUGGAGCAUUUAUUUCAUGGCAGGCCUUGAGACUGUUGAAACAUCUUAAUUAUCGACCUCGUCGAACAAUAAGAAUGAUUAUGUGGACAGCUGAAGAGCUUGGUAUCAUAGGAGCUCGUUCAUAUAUCAACUCUCAUGAGGCUGAAGAAAAGAAUCUCCAGUUUGUCAUGGAAUCAGACAUGGGUACAUUCAAGCCUUUAGGUCUUGAGUUUACUGGUACAGAACAAGUUAAAUGCAUACUAGAAAAAAUUAUGAGCCUGUUACAUUCCAUGGGAACAAUGAAAGUGCGAAGUCCCAAUGCAGGACCUGAUAUUUCUUAUUGGAUAGACAAAGGCAUACCAGGUGGAUCACUUUGGACACAGAAUGAAAAAUACUUCUAUUAUCAUCAUUCAAAUGCUGACACAAUGGUGGUUGAGAAUCCAGAAGCUCUGAAUCAAGGAACAGCCUUGUUUGCAGCAGUAUCAUAUGUGCUUGCUGAUCUUAAUGUUAAUCUUCCCAGACAUAAAUAA